AUGGAUUCAUUUUCCAACAGGACAAUGAUCCUAAGCAUAGCUCAAAAUUAUGCAGAGGAUAUUUGGAAGAGAAAGAGGCACAAGGGGUGUGAAAUUACAUGGUUUGGCCUCUUCAGAGGCCUGGAUCUCAAUCCCAUUGAACUUCUGUGGGAAGAGCUUGAUAGGAACGUCCGUAAUUGUGGUCCAUCCUCGCGAGAAGAAAUGUGGAAUGCUUUGUGCCAAAUUUGGAGCAAUAUAUCACAAGACACUAUCAACAAAUUGAUUGCCCGUAUGCCGAGACUUGUGAAAAAAGUCAUAGAAUGCAAAGGAGGAUUUUUUGAUGAAAAAUCUGUUUAG